UAAGUGCGUUGUGGAUGUCGGGCUGUGAUUGGUCGGAGAGGGUAUGGGCAAAAUGGCGGCUACGGCGGUUGUGCCCGGUUUGGGAAGCUGCGAUUUCUCUGACUUGCGCGAGAUCAAGAAGCAGCUUCUGAGCGUGGCGGAGCGGAGCCGCGAGCGGGGCCUGCAGCACAGCGGGAAAUGGGCCUCUGAGCUGGCAUUUGCCCUGGAUCCUCUGCCCCUGAGCGAGCUGCCUGCUGCUCCUGUACUCACAGAGGAGGAUGCUCGUGAUUUGGAUGCUUACACAUUAGCUAAGUCUUAUUUCGAUCUGAAGGAGUAUGACAGGGCUGCAUACUUUCUGCGGGGAUGCAAGAGCCAGAAGGCCUACUUCUUGUACAUGUACUCCAGAUACCUGUCAGGAGAAAAGAAGAAAGAUGAUGAAACAGUGGAUAGUCUGGGCCCCUUGGAGAAAGGACAGGUGAAGAAUGAAGCACUAAGAGAGCUGAGGGUGGAGCUUAGCAAGAAACACAAAGCACAGGAGCUGGAUGGUUUUGGCCUUUAUCUGUAUGGCGUUGUGCUGCGGAAGCUGGACCUGGUGAAAGAGGCGAUUGAUGUGUUUGUUGAAGCUGCCCAUGUUUUGCCUUUGCACUGGGGAGCCUGGCUGGAGCUCUGUAAUCUGAUCACAGACAAAGAGAUGCUGAAGUGCCUGUCCUUGCCAGAUACCUGGAUGAAGGAGUUUUUCCUGGCGCACAUUUACACAGAGCUGCAGCUGAUAGAAGAGGCUCUGCAGAAGUACCAGAGUCUCAUUGAUGCAGGAUUCUCCAAGAGCACCUACAUCAUUUCCCAGAUUGCAGUUGCCUACCACAAUAUCAGAGAUAUAGACAAAGCUCUCUCUAUCUUCAAUGAACUAAGGAAACAAGACCCAUACAGGAUAGAAAACAUGGACACCUUCUCCAACCUGCUGUAUGUCCGGAGCAUGAAGCCUGAGCUGAGCUACCUGGCUCACAAUCUGUGUGAGAUUGACAAGUAUCGUGUGGAGACCUGCUGUGUGAUAGGGAAUUACUAUAGUCUACGCUCUCAGCAUGAAAAAGCAGCACUCUAUUUCCAGAGAGCCUUGAAACUGAAUCCUCGGUAUCUUGGAGCCUGGACCCUCAUGGGGCAUGAGUACAUGGAAAUGAAGAACACAUCUGCAGCUAUCCAGGCUUAUAGACAUGCAAUAGAGGUGAACAAGAGGGACUACAGAGCCUGGUAUGGACUGGGACAAACCUAUGAGAUCCUCAAGAUGCCAUUUUACUGUCUAUAUUACUACCGACGGGCCCACCAGCUCAGACCCAAUGAUUCCCGUAUGCUGGUUGCUCUGGGAGAGUGUUAUGAGAAACUCAAUCAGCUGGUGGAAGCCAAAAAGUGUUAUUGGAGAGCUUAUGCUGUGGGAGAUGUGGAGAAAAUGGCAUUGGUGAAACUAGCCAAGCUGCAUGAACAGCUGAAUGAAUCAGAACAGGCUGCUCAGUGCUACAUCAAAUACAUCCAGGAUAUCUAUUCCUGUGGGGAGAUAGUGGAGCACCUGGAGGUGAGCACUGCCUUCCGCUACCUAGCCCAAUAUUACUUCAAGUGUAAACUCUGGGAUGAAGCCUCUGCCUGUGCUCAGAAAUGCUGUGCAUUCAAUGAUACAAGAGAAGAAGGGAAGGCCCUGCUGAGACAGAUUUUACAACUACGCAACCAAGGGGAAACCUCCUCCACAGAGAUCUCUGCUCCCUUUUUCCUCCCUGCAUCUCUGUCGUCCAACAACACUCCCACACGGAGAGUAUCCCCACUCAACCUGUCUUCAGUUACACCAUGAAUUGUGCUGAUACUUCUCUGGGCCAGCCUAGGGCAAGUGGGGACUCGAACCCAUCCUCCAGAAACAACCACCUCAUUCCCGCGAAGCUUCGGUCUGGUACUGCCUUCCAUUGAAGGUAGAAAUCCUGAGAACACAUAGCUGAAGCUAGCUGUUGUCAAUGCAGGCAAAGAUCAUUGUGGAACCAAUGUGAAGUGCCUAUGCUGAGAUGUCAGAAACCACUAUGCUUCUCACUGCCACGCUCCAAGUGUGUGAGAAGCAACUGCUCCCUAGAUGAGGGGGUUUUGUCUGCCUGAGUUGAAACAUGUUUGAAAGUGUUGUCUCUGCUCUGUUAACUCUGAACUUUGCCAAACUCCUUUCAAGGGCCUCAGUGGGACUGCGGCUGCCUACUGCAAGAAUUGUCCCCUGCUGGCUUCUCUGUGGACUCUUUUCUGCAGCUGCACCCAAGCAAGCACAGUAAGAGGGACAUUUCGGCUUCACUGCUGCCGUGAAAGGGAAACAGCAUUUGGCGAUUGAGAGGUGGUGUCAGUCUGAAGUGGCCUCACCCAGUAACUGGUUGCUGUUAGGUCUGUGGCUCAGAUAGAUGUCUUGGCUUUGCUGGUGAGUGGCAAACCAGCUAGUGGGGAGUACAUCAUUAAAUGGUGGUAGGCAUGUUACUGUCCCUGGGUACUGUCUUGGCACAAAUUUCCUUCCCAUUAUAACAAAUACAAUUGAGCUAAAUAUAGAAAAGAUCCAAUUUUCCAUAAGUUCAUUGUGGGGGUGGGGAGCUGGCUAGUAGCUACCUCGCUCAGAUUUGAGUAGGCCCUGUUCAGUGUCCUGUGUGGCAGUCAGAGUCCUUCAAACUAGUGCAGCAUUUUGUUUAGACUUCAACUGCCUGGGACAGAAGUGGUGGUUAGAUGGGCCUGGAACAGUGUCAAUUUGACCAUUGACCUGCAGUCUAACUUCAGCCAAGUCAAUUGCUGUUCACUUUCAUUCUCUAAACUGAGUAUAUGGAGCUAUUUCUACAGGUGCUUGGUUUGUCUGAAUGGUUGGAGUUUCUAUGCACGUCCCAGAAGAUAAAGGUUUGAGAAGGGUCGAGUAUCUUCACUUACAUCUUAUCUUGGCAUUCUGUUGGACAGAGCCUGGGGAAGAUUGUUAGAACAGAAACCAACCUGUUUUUGUGGUCUGGAGCUGUAAAGAACAGUUGCCCUACAG